UUUCUCAAACCGAAAGGAAAAAAGAAAAAAAAUGCUUCUUCUUUCUCUUUCUCAUUUCUCGCCAAAACCUUCACUCGCUUAUUCUUCUCUCCGCCUUCUGCGCCAGAGCCAAUCUCCUCGCCUCCUCAAAUUACCGCUCUACUCUUCAUCCGUUGCAUGCCUUGUCAGCCGCCUCAGCGGAAGUAGUAGUAGUUUUAGUAGUAGAAGUCGUGUUCACAUGGAGUCGAGCUCACUGCCUGCCACUGCGUCCGUCGACUCCGUCACGCAUGAUUUGAAGAAUCAGAGCUUGGACAGUGGCCGCGACGGUGAUUCGAAUAAGUUUAGAUUGAAACUCGAAGAUCUGAAUUGGGACCACUCGUUUGUUAGAGAGUUGCCUGGUGAUCCUAGGACUGAUAUAAUUCCGCGUGAGGUGUUGCAUGCUUGUUAUACAAAAGUUUCUCCAUCAGCUGAAGUAGAAAAUCCUCAGCUUGUUGCUUGGUCAGAAUCAGUUUCUCAGUUGCUUGAGUUGGAUCCUAAAGAAUUUGAGAGGCCAGAUUUUCCCCUCUUCUUUUCUGGGGCUUCUCCUUUGGUGGGAGCAGUGCCAUAUGCUCAAUGUUAUGGAGGACAUCAGUUUGGUAUGUGGGCUGGUCAGCUGGGUGAUGGUCGGGCAAUAACUUUAGGGGAGAUUAUAAAUUCAAAGUCCGAAAGGUGGGAAUUGCAACUUAAAGGUGCUGGGAAGACUCCGUAUAGCCGGUUUGCUGAUGGCCUUGCUGUGCUGCGUAGUAGCAUUAGGGAAUUUCUUUGCAGUGAAGCAAUGCACUUUCUAGGAAUCCCUACAACUCGUGCUCUUUGUCUUGUGACGACAGGAAAAUAUGUUACUCGAGACAUGUUUUAUGAUGGCAAUCCAAAGGAAGAACCUGGUGCAAUUGUAUGCCGAGUUGCUCAAUCUUUUCUGCGAUUUGGUUCUUAUCAAAUACACACUUCUAGAGGAAAAGAGGACUUUGAUAUAGUCCGUGCUUUGGCAGACUAUGCGAUUAGACAUCAUUUCCCCCAUAUUGAGAAUAUGAGUAAAAGCGAUAGCUUAUCUUUUAGCAUAGGUGAUGAAGAUCAUUCGGUUGUUGAUCUAACUUCAAACAAGUAUGCAGCAUGGACAGUGGAGAUUGCUGAGCGUACUGCUUCCUUGGUUGCAAGAUGGCAGGGUGUUGGUUUUACUCACGGUGUGUUGAAUACAGACAACAUGAGCAUCUUAGGUCUCACUAUUGAUUAUGGUCCAUUUGGGUUUUUGGAUGCUUUUGAUCCAAGUUAUACCCCAAAUACUACGGAUCUUCCUGGGAGAAGAUACUGUUUUGCUAAUCAGCCCGAUAUUGGCUUGUGGAAUAUUGCACAAUUCACCUCAACUCUUUCGGCUGCCAAGUUGGUAGAUGAUAAAGAAGCAAAUUAUGCCAUGGAAAGAUAUGGAACAAAAUUCAUGGAUGAGUAUCAGGCUAUCAUGACGAAGAAGCUUGGCCUCCCAAAGUACAAUAAACAGCUGAUCAGUAAACUUCUUAACAACUUGGCUGUUGAUAAAGUUGAUUACACAAAUUUCUUCCGGUUGCUAUCCAACCUCAAAGCUGAUACCAACAUUCCAGAGGACGAGUUGUUAGUUCCGCUGAAGGCUGCUUUGUUAGAUAUUGGCAAGGAGCGCAAAGAGGCUUGGAUCAGCUGGGUGCAAUCCUACAUUCAUGAGCUGGCCUCAAGUGGCAUCUCAGACGAGGAAAGGAAAGUCUCAAUGGAUUCUGUAAAUCCCAAAUAUGUUCUCAGAAACUAUUUAUGCCAGAGCGCCAUCGAUGCAGCUGAACAAGGCGACUUCUCAGAAGUUCAGAGGCUUCUCAAAAUCAUGGAACGACCAUAUGAUGAGCAACCGGGAAUGGAAAAAUACGCACGCCUGCCACCAGCUUGGGCGUAUCGGCCUGGUGUUUGUAUGCUUUCCUGUUCUUCUUAAACUUUGUUGCUAUCUCGCACAUUAUGUUAUAUACACAUACCAAAAAGAAGAUUACAGCUUCUUGUAUAUAUAAUAGCAGAUUCAAGCUAUUUUCGGCUGCUACAGUGAAAAUGUAGAAUUUGUAUGCCCUUUAUCUGUUUAUGCAGUUGGGAAUAUUUUAUUUAAUUAAAAUAUUAUUGCAUUACAUUUUGGUA